AUGAGAGAUGACAUAGACCUUUCCUUCUGCCGUGACCGGUCAAACGGGAGCCAGGCUUGUUACGUCAUUGACCUGCGCAGCUUUGGAUUUGGAGAAAUUACCAAUAAGUUUAACACCUAUGUGACUCUGAAGGUACAGAAUGUGAAGAGCACCACGAUCACAGUGCGGGGAGACCAGCCAUGUUGGGAGCAGGACUUCAUGUUCGAGAUCAACCGCCUGGACCUCGGGCUCAUUGUGGAGGUGUGGAACAAAGGCCUGAUCUGGGACACUAUGGUGGGCACUGCGUGGAUCCCCCUGAAAAGUGUUCUACAGUCUGAAGAAGAGGGUUUCGGAGACUGGCUCUACCUGGACUCGGAGGUUCUGAUGAAGGCGGAUGAAAUCUAUGGGACUAAGAAUCCAACACCACAUCGGGUUCUUCUGGAUACUCGCUUUGAGCUUCCUUUUGAUAUUCCAGAUGAUGAGGCUCAAUACUGGACAGGAAAGCUCGAACAGAUCAAUACAAUGACAAUUCAUGAUGAGUACCCUCUCCAGGAUGACAUUCAGCACCAGUCCCUCCCGUUUGCUGCCUCUCAGUGUUCGUUAGAUGACCAGGACAGUGCUGUGGAAGACCGGGACAGUGACUAUCGCAGUGAGACCAGCAACAGUUUGCCACCUCGAUACCACACGACCGCUCAGCCCAAUUCCUCCAUGCACCAGUACCCCAUUGGUCUGCGUCCUCCAAACCACCACGACUCCUGCACUGGCUCCGUUCACAGCUUUGAUCUGGACUACAGGGGAAACAGACAACUGCAGGACCUUCAGCCGCAUCUCUUUUGGGUGGAAUUUUACCUGCAUCCUCCUCACCUGCCACGACAUCUGCACCAGCACCACCUAAACCCCAUGACAACAAAGCUAGUUCGAAUCGUACAGACGGAGGUCAAAUAUCAGAGCCGUCCAGUGGAAAGUAGUCGCUUUGGGUCAUCAGGAAAUUUGAGCCAGACCAGCUCCCAGCUUAGUGAAACUGGCCAGAGCACUGGAGGUUCUGAGCUGGAGGAGUCCUUUCACUCCUACCACAGCGUAGGCUUUCAUCCCUCCAAUAGUGGUCCACCUCGCACCAAUGGACAUUUCUCCACCAGCGGACAUGUUAUUAGUGAAAAUGACCUGCGUUCCUCGACAGAUGAAAAGCAAAGUAGCAAUUCAUCAGAGAGAGGCUCAUCCAAGCUUGUGAGGUUCCAUGAUGAUGGGCCACCACUUCCUUUUUCUCCAUCUAGACUUCGUUGGUUAAAGGCUAUCAAUAAAGUUAGAGUUCAAAUCCGUGAGAGUCGUGAGGAUGAACCCAAGUCAAGACAAGCGUGGGUUCAGCCAGGUGUUGAAUCUGGCCUCUAUGGCAUCGAUAGCAUGCCAGAUCUACGCAAAAAGAAGCCGAUCGCACUGGUCAGCGACGUGUCCCUUGUCCAAGCCAGGAAGGCAGGAAUUGCAUCUGCUAUGGCUGCACGGUCAUCGAUUAAAGAUGAGGAACUGAAAAACAAUGUGUACAAGAAGACGCUACAGGCUCUCAUCUAUCCCAUAUCUUUUACAACACCACACAACUUUGAAGUCUGGACGGCUACAACUCCCACAUACUGCUAUGAAUGUGAGGGUCUGCUGUGGGGUAUUGCCCGCCAAGGCAUGAGAUGCUCAGAGUGCGGAGUCAAGUGCCAUGAGAAGUGCCAAGAAUUGUUAAAUGCUGACUGUCUGCAAAGGGCUGCGGAAAAGAGUUCAAAACAUGGAGCUGAAGAUCGGACUCAAAAUAUUAUAAUGGCCAUGAAGGACAGAAUGAAAAUCAGAGAGAGGAACAAGCCAGAGAUAUUUGAACUCAUACGAGAAGUGUUUGUCAUUACCAAAACUCUUCACGCGCAGCAAAUGAAGACCAUUAAACAAAGUGUACUGGAUGGAACGUCCAAGUGGUCUGCUAAAAUCACCAUUACAGUUGUUUGUGCUCAGGGACUUCAAGCUAAGGACAAAACAGGAUCCAGUGACCCAUACGUUACUGUACAAGUUGGAAAAACCAAAAAGAGAACAAAGACCAUCUAUGGCAAUCUCAAUCCCAUUUGGGACGAGAAAUUUCACUUCGAGUGCCACAAUUCUUCAGAUCGAAUCAAAGUGCGGGUGUGGGACGAAGAUGAUGACAUUAAGUCCAGAGUGAAGCAGCGUCUCAAACGGGAAUCUGAUGACUUCCUUGGUCAAAGCAUCAUCGAAGUCCGCACACUCAGCGGAGAAAUGGACGUCUGGUACAACCUAGAGAAGAGAACCGACAAGUCAGCUGUGUCAGGAGCCAUCAGACUCCAAAUUAAUGUGGAAAUCAAGGGAGAGGAGAAAGUUGCUGCGUAUCACAUCCAGUACACCUGUUUGCAUGAGAAUCUGUUUCACUAUUCCACUGAUGUGUUGGGCCAAGGCGUGGUGAGAAUCCCAGAAGCCCGGACAGACGACACGUGGAAAGUUUACUUUGAUGACGUGGCUCAGGAGAUAGUGGAUGAGUUUGCGAUGCGCUAUGGAAUUGAGUCGAUCUACCAGGCCAUGACACAUUUUGCUUGUCUCUCGUCUAAAUACAUGUGCCCUGGAGUCCCUGCUGUGAUGAGCACUCUACUGGCAAACAUCAACGCAUUUUACGCCCACACCACUGCCUCCACCAACGUCUCUGCCUCCGACCGCUUUGCAGCCUCUAAUUUUGGGAAAGAACGAUUUGUGAAGCUCCUGGACCAGUUACACAACUCUUUACGGAUUGAUCUUUCAACAUUUAGGAAUCACUUCCCGGCGAGUGAUAAAGACCGUCUACAGGACUUGAAAUCUACAGUAGAUCUUUUAACAAGCAUCACUUUCUUUAGAAUGAAGGUUCAAGAAUUGCAGUCUCCACCCAGAGCCAGUCAAGUGGUGAGAGAUUGUGUGAAAGCCUGUUUAAACUCAACCUACGACUACAUCUUCAACAACUGCCAUGAACUGUACAACCGUCAGUACCAACCCACGGACCCUAACAAAGAUGAUUUACCUUUGGAAGAGCAAGGACCAAGCAUCAAGAAUCUGGACUUUUGGCCAAAACUCAUCAUGCUGAUUGUGUCCAUCAUUGAAGAGGACAGAAAUGCCUACACGCCUGUUCUAAACCAGUUUCCACAAGAACUGAAUGUGGGGAAAGUUUCUGCUGAAGUGAUGUGGACGCUGUUUGCCCAGGACAUGAUGUAUGCCAUGGAAGAACACGAGAAGCAUCGUCUGUGUAAAAGCACCGACUACAUGAACCUCCACUUCAAAGUCAAGUGGCUCUACAACGAAUACGUCAAAGAGCUCGCAAACUUCAAGGCCGCCGUUCCGGACUACCCUUCAUGGUUCGUCCAGUUUGUGCUGCAGUGGCUGGACGAGAACGAGGACGUGUCUUUGGAGUUCAUGCACGGAGCUCUGGAGAGGGACAAAAAAGAUGGAUUCCAACAGACUUCAGAGCACGCCCUGUUCUCCUGCUCCGUGGUCGACAUAUUCACCCAGCUCAACCAAAGCUUUGAGAUCAUCAAGAAACUGGAGUGUCCGGACCCCAAAGUCAUGGCCCAGUACUGCAGGCGCUUUUCAAAGACUAUUUCCAAAGUGCUGCUGCAGUACAGUGCCCUCCUGACCAAAAGUUUCACCUCUUACAUUGAUAAAGAGAAGAUUCCUUGUGUCCUGAUGAAUAAUGUGCAGCAGUUAAGAAUCCAACUGGAGAAAAUGUUCGAGUCGAUGGGGGCUAAACAGGUUGCGACACAGGAGGCGCUGCGCAACGGUAAAACUCUAAAUUUGAAGUCUGAUGAAAGCGAAGAAGAGGUCAAUGACGAACUCAUUUUAGAAGUUGAGUCGGAUGAAGAAAAGAAUGAUGACACAGUGAAAAAGAUUGAGAUAGCCUUUCAGGAUAAAAAGGGGAUAGAUAAGGAGGGUAUACGUCAGUGA